UUUAUUUGAAAAAGUGUGGAUUCUUUCUAUUGAUGGGGGAGGGAUUCGAGGUAUAAUUCCAGCCAUGGUACUCCAAGAACUUGAGAAAAGGGUAGGAAGACCUAUUGCUGAAAUAUUUCAUUUUGUGGCUGGUAAUUCAACAGGCUCUAUUAUCGCUUUGGGGCUCACAGUGUCAGACAGAGAUAAUAAAACUAAACCAAAGCUUCGGGCUGACCAUCUGGUUGAACUUUAUGAAAAAAAAAGAUAUGAGAUUUUUGAACGUAGCUUUUGGUCUUAUAUUCCACCUAUAAACUUUCUUAUAGAACUUUUUAAAGAUAAAUAUGGUGUUGAUAA